AUGGAUGGCAGUCAAGCUAACCAUGUCUACACCCAGCCUACGUACGCGAAAGGCUCUCCGGAAAGGGCCAAGUUAGAAGAAGCGUUAGUCAAGCUUCGCUCUCAGCUUCCUGUGCGGAGUGAAAUCAUCUACGAUGGGAAAACGCAAGAUAGCUCCAAAUCGUGGGAUCAACUAAUGCCAGCGGAACAUGCAACUACCUUCACAAACUACCCGCUAGCCACGGCGGAGCAAACCAGGCUAGCCAUUGACUUGGCUCUGGGCGCAAGAAAGAGCUGGGAAGAAACCCCGUUUGUCGAUAAAGCUUCGAUAUUUCUCAAAGCUGCCGAGCUUGUGACUACGAAAUAUCGGUAUGAGAUAAUCGCGGCGACAAUGCUGGGGCAAGGGAAGAAUAUGUGGCAGGCCGAGAUCGAUGCUGCGGCUGAGUUGGCCGAUUUCUUCCGACUCAAUUGCAAUUUGGCGGCAGAAAUUCUUGAGAGACAGCCCACACGUGGUAGUGAUGGCAUGUGGAGUCGUAUAGAAUACCGUCCGCUAGAGGGAUUUGUUUACUCAGUCUCGCCUUUCAACUUCACAGCAAUUGGUGGUAACCUGAUAUCAGGCCCAGCGCUGAUGGGCAAUGUCGUGUUGUGGAAGCCAUCACCAUCCAAUGUGUAUGCCAGCUACUUAAUUUAUAAGAUCUUACUGGAAGCUGGUCUCCCCCCGAACGUGAUCCAAUUCGUGACUGGCGACCCGGAAACUAUUACUGACGUUGCGCUUUCGCACCACGAUUUUGCGGGCCUAAAUUUUAUCGGCUCUUCUGAUGUAUUCCGCUCUUUAUAUGGCCAGAUUGGCCAGGGAGUUGCGAAUAAAUCGUACCGCGAGUUCCCACGCGUGGUCGCCGAAACCAGCGGGAAGAAUUUCCAUCUUGUUCAUCCCUCCGCUGAUAUCCCCAGCGCCGUCAACCAUACCAUUCGUGGGGCAUUCGAAUAUCAGGGCCAGAAGUGUUCUGCUACGUCUCGUCUUUACCUGCCUGAGUCUCGGGCGGAGGAAUUCCUUACUGCAUUGAAGAAAGGCGUCAAGGACAUCGCGCUGGGCAGCCCCGAUAAAGAUCUGGGCGCUUUCAUGGGCCCUGUGAUUCACCGCAAGUCAUUCGACAAGAUCAAGUCUAUUAUAGACUCCAGCAAUAAAGAUUCGGCAUUGAAACUGCUUGUUGGUGGCACUUAUGAUGACUCGGUUGGCUACUAUGUGCAUCCAACCGUCUACCAGGUCCAAUCACCAGACCACCGCCUCUUGAACGAAGAGAUCUUUGGCCCUGUACUUGCCGUAUACGUGUACAAGGAUGCCGAAUGGUCUCCGACACUGAAGAAGAUUGAUCAAUCUGGAGGCGGCUUUGCUCUGACGGGUGCUGUUUUCGCCCAGGAUCGUGCUGCCAUCCGCCAAGCUGAGGAUGCGCUCCGAUACUCGGCCGGCAACUUCUACAUCAAUUGUAAGACGACCGCCGCGCUGAUCGGUCAGCAAAGCUUUGGUGGUGCGCGCUCGAGUGGAACAAAUGACAAGGCGGGCAGCUCUGAUGCUCUUCGCCGGUUCACUAGCCCUAGAUUGAUCAAGGAAGAAUUCUUCCAUCAAACUGGCUACACAUACCCCAGCAACCAUUGA